CCACGCGUCACCUCUCUCCUUUACUUAGCGGGACUCCUACUUUGCUCUCUCAUACACACGCAGCUGCAGCAGCCAGUCUACACAUACAAAAAAACCGACGAAAGAAAAAUUUCAUGUCUCUUAAUUGCCAGUCUUAUCCCGGUAUAUCACCCAUCUCAAAAAAAUUUCACUAUUUAACUUCCCCAUAAUUACCCACUUAUGUUCCUCACUACCAUUCCUCUCACCAAUUCUCUCUCUAAACCCCCCUCUCUCUCUCUCUAUCCCAGUUCGUCCUUUUCCUCCCUUUCCCAUCUUGCUCCGGCAAGAAACAAAUGUCGCCGGCGGGGAGGAAACGACGGGUACGGUCAGGGGAGGAAGGAGGAAGAGGAGGAGAAGUAAUAAGAAAGUUCUACCCUGCUCCGUUGGCAGCCCACGAGGUUGUAGUUGAGGAUAGUGUGGCCUUCUGGAGCACUCUCAGACGCUUCCAUUUCCUUAUGGGAACCACCUUCUCGAUUCCUGUGAUUGGAGGGAAAAACCUGGAUUUGCAUGUCCUCUAUAUUGAGGCCACGAAAAGGGGCGGUUUUGAGAAGGUGGUUGCAGAGAAGAAAUGGAGGGAAGUGGGCUCGGUGUUUCGGUUCUCUCGCACAACGACAAGUGCUUCCUUUGUGCUAAGGAAGCAUUACCUUGAGAUCCUGUACCAUUAUGAACAAGUCCACUUGUUUAGGGUCCAGGGUCCAAUCUUUGCCGAAAUCGGCAAACAAAAGGCAUCUCGUCGUCGGACUGGAGGACGACGGUCUUUCAGGAAGCCUACAGUGGCCGUUUUGCUAGGAUCUUCUUCUUCUGCUCCUCAUCCCAACUCUGUUCGAAAUUCAUCUAAUCCGGUCCCUGGUAAGGAGCUAUCCACAUUUACCGCGACAGGGACAAUCGAAACCAAAUUUGAGUCGGGCUACAUAGUCUCUAUGAAAAUUGGUACAGAGAUCCUAACCGGAGUUCUGUACCAUCCUGUUGUUGCGCCCUCUUCUGUUGUUACCGCCCAGGCCGCCCCUCCUCGGAGCGUCACAACCGCUGCCGCCCUAGUGUCGUUCGCACCUAGGAGGUCCCGACACUACGGAGGGGGCGGCCGGAGAAGAAGGGACAGCAGAAGAAGGAUGGAGGACCCUGACUACCCUAAAUCCAACAGGAGUGGCUACAACUUCUUCUUUGCGGAGCGGCACUACCAGCUCAAGAAGACGCACCCCAAACAGAAGAGGGAGUUCACCAAAAUGAUUGGACAGGCUUGGACCAAUCUCAGUGCAGAAGAGAAAACGGUGUAUCAAACCAUAGGGAUGAAGGACAAGGAAAGGUACAAGAGGCAACUGAAGGAGUAUCACGAGAGGAAGAAGCUGAAGCUAGCUGCUGAAGCUGAAGGCUCUCCAAGUUGAAGCCAGAAUUAUGUCUAAGUUCUAAGUUUUUUUGUUUUGUUUUUAAUUUAAAUUUAGACGAAAUAUAGAGUAAGAUUGUCGUCAUCAAUUUGGCGAAUGGAAAUGGAAAAGUGGGUAUUUGGUAUUGAAGACCAGGUGGUUUAUAGACUAAUGUUUCUUUUUGGAUGGAAUUGUCAACUUAUGUGAGCUAAGUUUAUCAUUGAUGUGAAGGGCUUUAAAUUGACAAAUAUGGUUGGUAAUUAAGUUUGUGUGUUUGUUUACGAGUUGAAGAAGGAAAUGAGGAUUUGGUAAUAACAAUAUGGUUUAACUCUUUCUUAUUAGUAAAAUCCUAUAAAGAAUUAGAAACGAU